UAUCUACAAUUUUACACAUCUGCACAGGUUGGCCUCCAGAGACAUGGAUAUCUUCAUGGAAUGGGAUUUCAAUGCAACGGGUAACACCAGCUAUAACACAGAACAAGAAAUACAAGAAGGCAGCAAAAGACUCAACCACAGUGACCCCCUGGACAUGUUUGAAGGCAUGGAGCUUCUUCUGCGUUUCAAACCUCUCUUCUUGCCUCUCUACUGUCUCAUAGUGGUCGUGGCUGGUGUUGGAAACUCCUUCCUGUUGGCUUGCAUCUUGUCCGACAAGAAACUCCACAAUGCCACCAACUUUUUCAUCGGUAACUUAGCAGCUGGAGACCUGCUGAUGUGUUUGAGUUGUGUUCCGCUGACUGCGUCCUAUGCCUUUGACAGCCGUGGCUGGGCUUUUGGGAGACCCCUCUGCCACUUGGUCCCCUUGCUGCAAUGUGCCACAGUAUUUGCAUCAGCGCUUUCACUCACUGCCAUUGCUGUGGAUCGCUACAUUGUUGUAGCUCACCCAGUUCGGAGAAGGAUCUCUGCAUGGGGUUGUGGUGCAGUGACUCUGGGUAUCUGGCUUUUAUCUCUAGCCCUGGCUGCACCUCCUUCUCUCUACACACGCUAUCUGGACCUGCGACCCAGUGGCAUUAAUGUGGUAGUGUGUGAGGAAUUCUGGCCACAUAGUGGCAAUCUGCGGGUGCUCUAUUCUUGCUUCAUUCUCAUAACCUCUUACAUGAUCCCGCUGCUGUCGGUCAGCGUGUCCUACUGUGCCAUCACUUUCAGCCUCAAACACUAUUCAGUACCUGGGGAGCCCUCCAACAGCCAGCAGCUCUGGAGCCAAAGGAGGAAGAAGACCUUCUAUCUGCUGGUGGCCUCAGUACUGGCUUUUGCCCUGUGUUGGUUGCCCCUGCAGGUGCUGAACCUGUUGUUGGACCUGGACCCAGACUUCCACAUCAUAGGAAAGCGCCACAUAAAUGUCUUACAAAUCUGCUGUCAUUUAGUGGCUAUGAGCUCUGCAUGCUACAACCCCUUCAUCUAUGCUUCACUGCACAGCAAGGUGCGCAUGCAUCUAAAAGGCUACCUCUGUCCUUGUCGCAGUCGUCAGCGGGAGAUGAAGGAAAGGGCAUCAACUAGGAGCUAAUUUUAGACCACUGAUACAACAACUGUAGCAGCACCUGACAUCCAGAGUCCUGUCCUUACCCACAACUUAACACCUGCACCCCAACACCCCUGUUAAUGUCUGAGGUGUCUGGGAGAAAAUUAGAUUGUUUCAUGCUUUUCCAGCAUUUUGUGUCUUCAAGACAUUUGGUCCUCUCUUGUACAGUGUCACCAGAGGCAGUGUUAAUCCAAGGUCACUUAUGACAUACAGGCGAAGAAAAAGAUCCAGACCUGACUGUAGUUUAGUACAAUGAAGAAGAAGAUUAAGCCAUUCACUGGGAUCCCUGUGUUUUUUCUCGGACAGCCAAGCAGCCUUGCAUGGACACUUAGCAGAUCCUGCAGCUUUAAAACAGCCAGCAGUGGCACAAAUACAGCCUCAGCCUGAGGGGUUUUGUAGCAGACAUGCUGGAUGCUGAGAUCAGGGCUGGCUACAAAGGGCCUGGUUAUACUUCAAAGUUAGGGGGCUGACUGAACAAUGAACUCUUCUGAGCAGACAAUUACAAAACAGACCCUGAGGAGGACAUGCAAAAGAAGAAGAAGAAAAAAGUUACUUUUAUUUACUUGCUUGUACUGAAUGUCUGUGCUUCAAAUAUAAUGUAUCUCUUGUAUUGCUUAUCACCAUCAUUAUAAUUUAUUAUGUUGAAAUACACAUUGUCUGCUAUUUUAGUGUCAUCAUGUGCCAAUUAAUCCAUAUGGUCUGGCUCCACAAUUGAACUGUUUGCUACUAGUGAACUGUUUUAAUUACCUGAUGAACAAAGUCUCUGUGCUUUUUCCCAAUCUGAAAAAGGACUAAAACAUUGAUAUACUAAAUACUCAGAGCAUGAACAAUAAGCAUCACUGUGCUACCGCCAUUGCUGUUAAGUUCCCGUCAGGUAUGAUUAAUGCUUUCUUAAUGCUUUCUUUGUUUGGAUAAAGCCUGGGUAUCAAGUCCAUUUUUGAACAUGCAUCUUUUUAAAAGACUUGCCAAAGAACUGGCUAAUUACAUUUAAGCAGCAUUAAUUCUGUUCACUUAGCCAUUCAGAGUUCUACAGUUGUAUUUUUUUUAUUACUAUCACUGCUGCUUAUGAUAUAAAGGAUCUAUUUUUCUACUGUUAACUGAAAGGGUUUUAACGAUUUAAUGAUCAUAGCUCAGGACAUCUUAGCCAUUAACAAACCCAACUAGCCCAUUUCGAAAGGCCAAAGCCCCAUUGGUUUGGUCAGCCCACUGGCAGGACUUGAAAAACUCAGUGUAGCUUCAGUGCAAGCUAAUAAGCCCUAGCUGGCCAGCCAAUGAUGUUGCUGAUGCCAAAUUUGACCUUUUAACAAUCACAUUACUUAACUGUUUCUUGCUUUAUUUAGUUGGCUUUUCUCUCUAAGUGAACCUUAUGACUGCAUUUCAGUUCUACACAAUUAGAUUUUUCCUCUGAUGCUCUUUCGGAAAGGAUGCGUAAAAGUUAACCUAGUUUUUUUUUUUUCAUAAAAGGUCUGUACCUGAAAUCCUGAGCUGGGAUUUGCCCCCACAUGGCUCUUAAAGACCAUUCCUCAACACAUGACGCACCAAAGUUUUUUUCACAGCAGCAUGUACUAAAUACAAUACAAUACAAUAAUAAUGCAAUACUAAAUACAAUAUUAAAUACAAUUCAUAAACAUCAAAAGGUUAGCCAAUUUAACCAUCACCACCAUUAUACCAACAAUUCCACAAGAAUGAAAGUAUAAUACGUCCAAAAACAUUUCCCACACCCACAAAGCCAGUUAAAGCCCCUGCAACUUGGUUUGAAAUAUUUAGUAUUUCCGUAGGAUGUUGAAUAUAAAUGACUAUAAGCAGCUAUUAAAAUUUAAGUUCAAGAAAAACAUCCUUACAACACUCAUGACUUUGUGGGUGCAGAUUUGAGUGACAGUGGUGAGAUAAACAAACCUCUUAUCUGCCAACACAUUUGAUUCAGAUAUUGCGACAUCUCUGAUUGAUGCAUGGUCUUUUUCACUGAGCCCCGCCCACUUUAAACCAGUGAGAAGUGUUUCUCCCGCUGGCCUCGAUAGACUUUACAUUAGGAUUAUGUCAUGCAAAUACAAAAAGCUUUUCUUAAUUUUACAAAUCUAAAACAUUAUGGAUUGCAAAUUCCUUAUAUAAAGGGUAAUUAUUGACUUUUUUUUGCAAUUGGAGGUGCCAAUUCAACAGUUUUACAGACAUCUGUUUUGGUGGUCUAUGGGAAAAAUUCUUUUUAACCAUGCAGUGUCACAAGUGGACACUGGGUCAGAACGAAUUAGCCUUUGACCAUGAUGAUAACACAAACAUAUUCUAGUCACAGUUUACUUAAACUGGCCUGCACUGAAGUGUUAAAAUUUAGAGGAAUAAUAUUUUGAACAAAAGAUGUCUGUGUAAGGUUGGAAUAUAAAGGUCCCCCACCGGAGCUCCGACCACAGGUUGAAGGUGGUAGAAGUCUUGCUUUGCCUGACCUUCCUCCACAAUUCCUUUCAUGCAAAAUAGCCCCGGGAUGGAUUUAGUGGAACAUGUAUACGUUCAAAAGUUGUUGUAGUUGUGAAACAGAAAACUCAGAUUGGACAGACCGUCUAGCUAGCUAUCUGGAUUUACCCUGCAGAGAUCUGGGAAAAGGUCGACCAUAGUUCUCAUAAAUUGACCGGAGUUUAAAAUGGCAACACAAAGGAAACCCAAGGCAACGGAUAGCCCGCCUUAAUGAGUGAAAUCUGGAAAAAUUUCCAGCUGCAACAGAACAAUCCCAGAAGUGCAACAUCAAGGAUAUAGACUUGUGUGAGUUUUAAGUAAAUGCUUUUCAUGGAGUAUUCAUCUUUAAUUUGGUUUAUUACAACUUUCCAAACAGUUUAAAAUUACAACACAAAGAAAGGGUAACGGAUAUCCGACCUAAAGGGUGUUAUCCGGACUCUGAUCUAUGACUUACCUGUGGGCAAUGUAACGUUUACAUAAAUCUUAACUUAAAAAUAUGAAUUAGUGCCUAUGUCCAUAUUUCAUACAGUCUAUGGCGACAAUGUAUCCAGCUGACUUCCUAAGGAAAACAUAGAUGCGACAUUUUUUUCAUUAGUUAAAAAGGACAAAAGUAAACAAAGAACAGACAUAUUGUGCCGUGUAGUCAAAGGAAACUGAUUGCACUGUGGAUGUAAAAAUCCAAUAAUACAGUUAUUAUUAUUCUGCCUCUCUCAUAGUCUCAUAGUCAUCAGUAGAAAGCAGAUGAUGCCUUUAUACUGAGCUGUCAGAAAUCUUGCUUGUACAAAGCUGUGCAAUGCAGAGUGCAAAUGAUAGAAGACGAAUACGCACAAGAGGUAUUUUUGCCCUAUUUGGACCUCCAAACAUGAGAGCUCUGACAAUUUUUCUCGGACACUGCACUUGUUUGGAUAAGUUCUGAGAGCUGCACAAACAAAACUAGAAUGAGGAUUUAGACAUGCUUUUCCCCUGGACUCACUUAAACCACCUCAAAUUAUGGGUUUUGACCAAGUUUAUCAAGUGAAGUUAGUGGAGUGAAAAUGUGUAAAAUGAAAAGAAGAUAUUUAAAAUAUAUUGAAAGCAAUUAUUUUUGAGUGAACUGAACCAUGAAAUUAUCACCAUGACUGGACGUGUGGUAUUGCUGCAGUGUAAAUCCAUAGUUCAGAUAUCAUGAAGAGCAUGCUAAACCUUAAAAAA